GCAACAUGGAGAAAGUUUUCCCACCUGGCUUCUUUGAUGUAAGUGAACAUUUAAUCAUCCAUUUGCCGUAUGAAGCUAGAGUUUGCGGUCCACCACAAUAUCGAUGGAUGUAUAUGUUUGAGAGGUUUCUUGGAACUCUAAAGAAAAAAAUAACAAACAAAGCACACAUUGAAGCAUCAAUAUGUAGUGCAUAUAUUGAUGAAGAGUUAUCAACGUUCGCCUCAUAUUACUUCGACUCUUCUAUACGAUCCAAACGUAUGCGUUUUGCUCGACACGAUGAAGCCGCUUCUUCUUCAGGGCCGAUGGCUUUUUCGAUUUUCAAUCAUCCAGGUCGUGGUAAUGGGAAAUCCAAGAAGCGCUUUAUUGUUGGUGAGGAAAUGAAAGUGGCAUACACGUACAUCUUACUCAACUGUGCUGAAGUUCGACCUUACUAUGAUCAAUUUGUAUAUUUUCUUCAAUCGCAAGGGCAUACAAACAUUGAUCUUAUCAUUGCAAACAAUUUUUCUGAUUGGUACACUGCAUAUGUACUCAAUCCUUGCAAUGGAGUAUCUGACCCUUUUAUUAGAGCUCUAGCGGGUGGAAUAAGUUCACUUGCAAGAGCAUGGCCAGCAUAUAUAGUUGGUGGGUACACAUUUCACACGACAUCUUAUGGAGCUCGGAAAAAAACAUUCAACAGUGGAAUCUGUGUGCGCUCUUCAAAUUUUAACAAUGCAACCACAGAUUGGAUUGGUACUUUGGAAGAGAUACUUGAAGUUGACAUACUCUGUCCGCAUCCACUUCGAGUUGUGCUUUUUAAAUGUAAAUGGGUUGACCCUGUGCGAGGAAUGCAAAUACAUAACAAGUAUAACAUUGUGGAUGUGAAGUUAGAAUGUGUGUAUAAGGUUUUUGAGCCUUUCAUACUAGCACAACAAGCUAGUCAGGUGUUCUUUUUGGAAUACCCAGGUUCCCGAGGAGUAAAUGCGAGAGGAUGGAAAUGUGCUUGCAAAGUUAAAUCCAGAAGGACAAUUGAGGGUCAAUGGAAAGAUGUAGAUGAUUCUCCCUAUCAAAUUGAUGAAACACAACCUCCUCCUAUUGUUGAAAUAACGGAAGAAUUCAUUGAGUUGCAAGACGGAGGACUACAAAUAACAGUCCCUAUAGAAGAAGUAAUUGAAGCAGGGACCGUAACAGAAGACGUGAGUCCAGAACUCGUUGAUUACGUGGAAGAGUACGGCCCACAAAUUAACUUCACGGAUGCGUAUGAAAGUGAUGAAGACCAUGAAGAUGAACAAGAAGAAGACACUGACAAUGAAGAAGAGUGAAGUGGCAUCAUAAGCAUAUGUAACUCUUUAUUGGAUCUAUGUUCAAGUGGAAUUCGAAAUUUAAAUAAUUCGUAAUUUGAUAAUAAAUUAAUUGCUUUUUUGGUGUAAUUUGUUAUGGAAAUUUAAUUGUCC